GUUUUUUCUACACUAAAUCACUACCUGGAAGAUAAGCACGAGCAGCUCGAGAUUUGUCCGGAUGAGUACAUUCAUGCAGUCAUAAACGAAAUAGACGAUGGAUGGAAAGAACUUUUUAUGCAAGUAGGUAAAGACGAAAAGACUUGGGAGUGGCUUCCGUUCCAGAAGCGGGGGCAAAACAUGCAUGACAUGUUGUUGCGACGUCGCGAGGCUUUUCAGAAAAGACAGAAAAAAAUGUGCCUCGAGGACGGACAACGCGAAAAAAUUUACCAUGCAGUAAAAGCUCACCGGGCAGUCGAAUUUGAGACAUUCACCGAUAGCAUCAUGAAGAUUUCGAAGAGAUAUUUGAUCCGAGCCCGCGAAGAUUGGAUUUUGGAGCAUGUAAGGAAUGACCUGCUCCGAGCAGACCCUUGCGAGGAUCCUCGUACCGAAAGAAAGCGUGUCACAGCACUUCAUAUGCAAGAAAAGAUGGAAAAGUACCUCAAAGAAUUGGCCAAAAUUUCGUAAAAAUGAUCUUGAUGAUGAGAAUUAUACGAGAAGUAGAACUAGAACAUUAAUUAUCUUCUACCUUAUAUUAUGGUUUUAAUGAUUUGCUUAUUUUGCAAAUAUUCACGAAGUCUUUGCGAAUCUAGAGAUUGAUGACGAGCAUGUCAAAGAGA